UACUGACUGCGGUGGCGGCUUCUGACUUUUUCCAUCAACUCGUCACCAUCUCUCAUCUCAUCCACACCAUGCCAGCGGCAGUCUUUCUUCCGCUAGUCGACCCCACAGCGGCCGCGCUUAUCCCGGCCCUCGCUCUCAUCGGUCCCCUCCUCGUUCCCGCCGGCCUCCUCUCCGCAGUCCGCCCCUCCAUCCCCCCGACAGGCAGCUACAUUGUCGACGCGACGGGCUCGUCCAAUGACCUCGUCGCCAUUCUUAACGACGGCGCCCAAGCUGUUGUAGUCUCAGCCGCCCAACUCGAGACUCUUGAUGUCCCGCGUGAGCGCAUCAUCGUGUCCAUCGCCGAAAAUGAGGUUGCCGCCGCCGCCUCACUCUCCCACAAGGCGGCCGGUGUUCUCAUCACCAGCGCCGAAGGCACCCACACUGCCAAGUCUUUGGGUCUCCAGAACACGGACGUGUAUCUCCAGCUCAAGACGCUGCCCGCCGCCGACGCGCUUGUCGAGUCGGUUCGCACCUCUCUCCCCUCCACACUUGUCAUCCCCACCGCGUCCCUCACCACCGGCGUGACAACCAGCACCCACCUUUCCAUUGCAGACGCCUUCCUUGCUCCUGUGGUGUCGGAUCGCCCAGAUGGGCUGUUCCCAACCAUUGUGAGCAGCUCGACCCACUCUUCGCGCCCCCUCGGAAUGGUUUACUCGUCGCGCGAGAGCGUCGCCGAAGCGAUCAAGUCCCAGAAGGGCGUCUACCAGUCGCGCAAGCACGGGCUAUGGCGCAAGGGCGAGACGUCGGGCUCGGUUCAGGAUCUCGUUGCGAUUCAGCUCGACUGCGACACGGACAGCCUCGUCUUCGAGGUUGUGCAGCACGGCACGGGAUUCUGCCACCUCGGCACCCCGACAUGUUUUGGCUCGUUCACCGGCCUCGCGCGCCUUGAGGACACGCUCAAGAGCCGUCUCCAGAGCGCUCCCGAGGGCUCAUACACCCAGCGCCUGUUCACCGACGAGAAGCUUCUUCGUGCCAAGAUUAUGGAAGAGGCCGAAGAGCUCUGCGACGCCCAAACCAAGGAGGAGGUGGCGUUCGAGGCUGCCGACCUCUUCUACUUCGCGCUCACGCGUGCGGUGAGCAAGGGUGUGUCUCUUAAGGACAUUGAGCUCGCGCUCGAUGCAAAGGGAAAAAAGGUCACCAGGAGGAAAGGUGAUGCUAAGCCCAAGUGGGAGGAGAAGGUUGCGUCGCCUGCCGCGCCAGCACCAGCGGCUCCCGCUCCCUCGGCCACAGCAUCAGGCUCCAUCCGCAUGCGCACCACCAAGCUUUCGGAGGUGCCUCAGAAUGAGCGCCCCGCGUUGCUCAAGCGCCCUGUACUCAACUCGCUUGCCAUGAUCGACAAGGUCAAGCCUAUCGUUGAGCGCGUGCGCAAUGAGGGCGACGCUGGCCUCAAGGCUAUGACCAAGCAGUUUGACAAGGCUGAGCUUUCGUCAAACGUGCAGCGAGCGCCGUUCCCGACACCUGGUGAGGAUGUUCUCCCCAAGGUCGUCCGUGAUGCCAUCGAUCAGGCGUACGCGAACGUCAAGGCGUUCCACGCCGCACAGGUCGACCCUGCGCCGCUGCGCGUAGAGACAAUGCCGGGCGUCGUGUGCUCGCGUUUCGCCCGCCCCAUUCAGCGUGUCGGCAUCUACGUUCCAGGCGGUACUGCAAUCCUCCCCUCCACCGCCAUCAUGCUCGGCGUGCCCGCCCAGGUGGCAGGGUGCAAGGAGAUUGUCCUCGCAACCCCUCCCCGCCCCGACGGCUCCAUUUCCCCCGAGGUGCUGUACGUCGCUCAGCUCACCGGCGUCACCACCAUUCUGAAGGCGGGUGGCGCGCAGGCUGUCGCCGCUCUCGCGUACGGCACGGCCGAGGUGCCCAAGGUUGACAAGAUCUUCGGCCCCGGCAACCAGUGGGUGACUGCGGCCAAGAUGCUCGUGCAGAACGACACAGAUGCGCUCGUGUCGAUCGACAUGCCCGCCGGCCCGUCCGAGGUGCUCGUGAUUGCCGACGCCACCGCCAACCCGGUCUUCGUGGCCUCUGACCUUCUCUCGCAGGCGGAGCACGGCGUCGACUCCCAGGUCGUCCUCGUCGGCAUCAGCCUGACGCCUGACCACCUGUCGGCCAUCGAGGCCGAGGUCGAGCGGCAGGCGCUUGCGCUGCCGCGCGUCGAGAUUGCGCGCGUCGCCAUCUCCAAGUCGCUCAUCGUCCUCGCCGACUCGCUCGCCGAGGGCAUGGCUUUCUCGAACGAGUACGCGCCGGAGCACUUGAUUCUGCACCUUGCGGACGCGCCGGGCGCUGUCGCAACUGUCGAGAACGCUGGCUCCGUAUUCGUGGGGGCCUUCUCGCCAGAGUCUUGCGGCGACUACGCCAGCGGCACCAACCACACCCUCCCGACCAACGGUUACGCUCGCCAGUUCUCGGGCGUCAACACCCUCGCGUUCCAGAAGCACAUCACGUCGCAGGAGAUUACAAAGGAGGGCCUCAGCGUCCUCGGGCCCGUGGUCGUCACCCUCGCAGAGCGCGAGGGUCUCGAGGCCCACGCUAACGCAGUUCGCGUGCGUCUCCACGAGCUGAACAAGUAGUAUACUAGACAUGGCAUGGAUCCGGAUCGCAUCGACGCGUCUCAUUAUGCAGUGUGUUGUGGCGCACGUCUCA